CCCCCCUCCUCCCCCCCCUUCAUUGAAAGUGCUAGAUAAUACCUGCUGGGAUCCCGUGCAGCCGGUUUCUUAGCCUACAGUUUUAUCAGUCGGCAUUUUCCUGUGCACCUGACUCCGUCGGCGCGCCCCUACUCCACCAUGGGCAAGCAAGCUCUCAGCCCCGGUGACCCCACCUCCUUCUCCAGGCCGGAGCUUGUAGCUGUCACUCAUAUCCACCUGGAUCUCAAUGUGAACUUCAAAGAGACGAAACUCCAAGGCAGAGCCGAUUUGACUCUCAACCCUCGCAGCCAAGAAACAACUCAGCUGGUUCUAGACUCAAGGGAUUUAUCAAUCACAAGUGUCAAAGUUCAAUCCACUGGCCAGGUGCUGGAAUACUCAUUGGGAACACCUAUUGGAACUUUCGGAUGCAGCCUUACCAUCCAGCUGCCUGCCAAUGUUUCUGAAGGGCAGAUCAUAAGCAUUGAGUAUGAAACAUCUUCUUCAGCGAGUGCCCUCCAAUGGCUUGGUGCCGAGCAAACAGUGGGAAAGAGGCAUCCUUAUUUGUUCAGUCAAUGUCAGGCCAUCCAUGCCCGCUCAAUGAUUCCUUGCCAGGACACGCCUUCAGCCAAAAUAACUUAUUCUGCAGAGAUUACUGUGCCUGAAGAACUCACUGUGCUCAUGAGCGCACUCCAAGAUGAUUCGGAAACCCAAUCGUCCAAAGCCCAACCUGGCACAAAAGUGCACCGAUUCCGACAACCUAUUCCUAUGCCAACCUAUUUAAUAGCUAUUGCUGUGGGUCAUCUGGAAUCCAGGCAGAUUGGACCAAGAUCUCGGGUGUGGUCUGAGAAGGAGCUUGUAGAUCUUGCUGCAUUUGAAUUUGAUGAAACUGAAAUGUUCCUUGAAACUGCCGAGGCUCUUUGUGGACCCUAUGUCUGGGGCCAAUACGACCUGCUUGUUUUGCCAUCUUCAUUCCCAUUUGGAGGAAUGGAAAACCCUUGCAUUACUUUUGUUACUCCAACUUUACUGGCUGGUGACAAAUCUCUUGCUAAUGUGGUGGCGCAUGAAAUAGCUCACAGCUGGACUGGAAAUUUGGUAACAAACCGGACCUUUGAGGACUUCUGGUUGAACGAGGGUUGGACGGUCUUUGUGGAGAGGAAAAUUAAGGGGCGCAUUCAAGGAGAACCAGCAAGACAUUUUGAUGCUAUUGGGGGACUGAAGGAGUUGCAUGAAACCGUUGAACGGAGAGGUGCUUCAGAUCCUUUGACGUGUCUUGUUCAUGACCUGCGAGGAGUAGACCCUGAUGAUGCCUUCUCCACUGUACCAUAUGAGAAAGGACACACUUUCCUUUAUUACUUGGAGGUGCAAUUGGGAGGUGCUGAAGCUUUUGAACCAUUCAUGAAGGCUUAUCUGGACCAUUUCAAAUUCAAAUCCAUUUCUACUGAUGACUGGAGAAACUUUUUGUAUGACUACUUCCCUGGGAAACACAAUAUUCUCAAUGGAAUAGACUGGGACUCUUGGUUGCAUAAACCAGGAAUGCCACCACACAUUCCUUCGUAUGACACAUCACUUUCUGACGCCUGCACAGCUCUUGCUGAUCGCUGGAGAAAGUGGCAAGAGACUCCGCCCAAGCCCUUCAACCCCACGGACUGGGCCAGUCUGUCCCCAGAGCAGCAUGUGGAAGUUCUUGCUCAGCUGCUUGCUGGUCCAGCCUUGACACCCAGCAAAGUAGAAAUUCUGGGGAAAACUUACAACUUGAGCACCACUAAAAACUGUGAAAUUAGAUUCAGGUGGAUCCGUAUUGGCUUGAAGGCUCGUUGGGAACCAGCCAUUGCCCCGGCAUUGGAAUUUGUCACUGAGCAAGGCCGAAUGAAAUAUGUGAGGCCAAUCUACAGGGAUCUCUAUGAUUGGGAAGAAGCUCGUCCUCAUGCCAUAGCAACUUACAAACAGAACCGUGCCAGUAUGAUGUGGGUCAGUGCACACACUGUUGCCAAGGACCUCCAUAUUCAAGAGUGAUUUUACCUUAUUUGUUUCUGGCCUGAUGGCUGAUUGAUUUACUUCAAUUUUAUUACUGACCAGUGUUGAAAUCAGUGAUGAAAUAAAAGAUUCUUAAACUGUU